AUGAGCGACAAUAGAAAGGAUAAAACUACUAGUGGACUGGCCGACGUCGGUUUGAGCGGCAAACGGCAGCGUAAUGUAGACGAAGAAGACUUGGGUUCGCAACAGAGUAUUCUGAAGUGGAUGCGACACGUACCAGGGCCACUGCAGGAUGUCAUGAAGAAGCGAGCAGAUCAGUUGGAUACUUCACAGGCAGAUUACAGCCGCAUUGCCAGUGCUAACUCGGAUCGAUAUUCAGUGGCGAUAUCGACGGUGUUUGACCACGGCCCGUGGGUGGAUAUGUGCCAGUAUUUAGGCAUGUCAGCUGUGUCUGGAACACUUUAUGGCAGCAUCAAAAUGCGCAGUCUGAAGCACACAGUUCAGAGCAUUGUAGAAGACGACGAAGCUGUUGCAAUGGUGCCCCAGCUUUUAGUGCUUAUUAAAUCAGUGCAGUACGUUGACGAGGAAAUUGUCGCUGUGUUUCAUGAUCCAACGGGAGAAGUAGAGGGCUACUUUCACCGCGAACUUGUUGAGCAUAUUGGACCAGCUCUAGUUGCUGGUGUGGGCGUUCUGCUUCACAAAGUUUCAAUCUUUACUCCCACUGAUGCACCUGUUACAGGCAGACGAAAGAGCUACCUGAAUAUCACGCCACGAAAUGUCCGGCAAGUGUUUAUUGCAAAAGAUUCAUCAUAUGAUUCGACAAAUGAAGAUCUAAUCAAGGUAUUCAACAAAGAACAAGAAAUUGAGUUACAGCAGGAGAGUGACAGUGACGACUUUGACGAUAGUCCAGCGUUCAAUAGCGAGCAAGGAGCACGCCAAGUACUGCUACAACGCACAGUCCGUGACACUUCGGCCGAAUUGACUUUUCUAUCGCAGCGACAAGUUGUUCAUCGCAAUCCACCCGUACGAGUAGAUCCUGCGGUUGCAACGACAGCUUACAGAAAAGGCACGCAAAAAAAGAGUGCUGCGGCUAGUAAAAGCCAAGAUAGUGGCUUGGGAAAAUGGCAGUGGAGUAAAUUGGUCCAGAAGGCAAGUGAUAGUAACAAUGAUGAUUCAGCCAUGGAUUCGGUUUGCACACAAAAGCGUCAGGGCUUGUUGGAUGCUAGCUCACGCCUGGUUAGCCUGAUUACAAAGCAAAAUGCACGAAACAGGUCGUUAGAACCAGUAGCAGUUUUAACUGAGCCAAGAAAGUCCGUCAGUAUUCAGUGUGCACCGGAAACCGUGUCUGGUUCCCCGUCAGUCCCUCGUGUCGCUUUCGACAGCUGUGAUUCAAAAGAGCUUACACAAGGACGUCUGCCGUCACAAUCUGAUUCGACUUGCCACAUAGUAGACGGUAAUAGCAAUAUGAACACCAAUUGGGGUGAAGACGAUGAUGACGACGAUUGGUAA